UAUAGCAAUUCCAGCGUGUAGUGGUGAGAAGUUAACCCUCCCCUGAGUGAAAGCUAAAAACAGUGAUACAUUAGAACAAUAGAUUACGCCUGUGUACACCGUGGGUUUCUAUAAACCACUCCGUCACCAUGUAUGUACUUGUCUCUCAUGCCUAUCGGCUGGUUCCACACUCACCAUUUUCCAUUUGCCACCUAACCAGCAAAACCACUUAAGCCAUAAUCAGGUUCCAUAGUCGACUUUGGCCAUUGCUUUUCAUUUGGGUGCGUACUAAAUAUUGGAAUUAGCAAGGCAGCUUUGGAGAGUUGUGAAGCAGGUAUUAAAGGUUCAUUUGCCUCGGGGUCAGUCAUUUGCUUGGUUUCUUGCCAUGUAACCUCUUCCCUCUCUCAAACUGGGGUACUCCUCCUGAUAAUAGUUGUGUGUAUUGUGACUAGCUCUGUGUGUCACGCUUUGGUUGAGAAGUGCCGUCCAUUGGGUACCGGAGGCUCCCCCAGCCAGCAUUCUGGGUGUCCUCAGCUGGAAAUUCCAACACUCAUCACCAGUAGCAAACUCAUAUCAUCACCAGUCAUGGUGUCGGCAGAAUCCAGUCCAGAAACAUCCUCCAACGGAUCCACCACUCCAGUCCAUAAUGGCUUCCGCACCCCAUCCAUCACAAUCCUGCACUUCAAUGAUGUGUACAAUGUGGAGGAGCAGGCCACUGAACCCAAGGCAGGAGCUGCAAGGUUCAAAACAGCCCUCAGGAGCCUGGCUGAUAAGGAUCCCCUCAUCCUCUUCAGUGGGGACAUCCUUGCUCCAUCCAUCAUGAGUUCCUUCACCAAGGGGGAACAGAUGGUGCCUGUCAUGAACCAGUUUGGAAUUCACUGUGCUGUGUUUGGCAACCAUGACUUUGAUUUUGGUCUGGAGAGACUUGUAGAUGUUGUAGAAAGGACCCACUUCCCCUGGUUGAUGAGCAAUGUGGAGGAUAAUGAGACUGGCUGCCCUCUUGCUGGUGGCAUCCUCACCCACACUAUGAACUGGCAUGGCUGGAAGAUUGGACUGGUUGGCCUAGUAGAGAAGGAGUGGCUAGAAACGUUAGCAACAAUAAACGCCGAUGAAGUGACAUUUACAGACUAUGUGGACAGAGGCAGAGAACUGGCAUCAUCACUAAAGAAAGAGGGCUGUGACUAUGUUAUUGCACUAACACACAUGCGGACACCCAACGACAUAAGGCUUGCAGAAAAUGUUGAGGAAAUUGAUCUCAUUUUAGGAGGUCAUGAUCAUGUCUAUGAAGAGUUAAAGGUGAAUGGUAAAACUAUCUUGAAAAGUGGGACAGACUUCAGGGAGUUUUCUGCACUGACCCUCACCCAGCAGAGUAAAGGGGUUAAUGUAGAUAUAAAGAAGGUGGUUGUGGAUUCUGCAUUUGAACCUGAUGCUGAGCUGAAGGAAGCUUUGUCUAAAUAUGAGGAAAUUGUGGGUAAGAAGAUGGAGGAGGAUUUGGGAAGCUUCAGUGUUGAUUUGGAUGGAAGAUUUUCAUCUAUAAGAACUUCUGAAACCAACCUGGGCAACUUCGUGUGUGACAUCAUGCUGGCAUCAUGUAAUGGCGAUGUGGCUCUGCUGAAUUCUGGAACGCUGAGAUCUGAUAGAAUUCAUCCCAAAGGAGAAUUCAAGAUGAGGGAUUUGAUGACCAUUUUACCCAUGCUGGACCCUCUUCUAGUCUUAGAAGUCACAGGAGAGAAGCUUUUAGCAGCCCUUGAGAAUGGAGUGUCCCAGUACCCAAAGUUGGAAGGCCGUUUCCCCCAAGUGGCCGGCGUGCAGUUUGUGUUUGACCCCAAUGGUGAACCGGGGUCACGAGUGGUCAGGGACUCGGUGAAGAUUGGGGAUGAAUACCUAGACCUCACAUCUACAUACCGCAUGGUGACUAAGGCUUACAUGAAAGAUGGACGUGAUGGAUACAACAUGCUUGUGGACUGCCCCAUCUUGCAAGAUGAAGAGCAAUGUCCCAUGCUUUCCACGGCUGUGCAGAACCACUUUACUGCCAUCCAGAGUCACUUGGGCAAGUCUCGUCGUAAUUCAAUUCAUAGACAGUCACUUGUCCUUCUUUCAAGAAGACACAGUCUCAUACGUCAAGAUGAUGAAGUCCCUCCCUCAGCCCGAGGCUCAGGACACGCCCGCCUUGGCCGCUCUGUAUCCACAGACUCAGCACUCUCCACUGCCUCUUCAGGCUCAGUAUCCUCUGCUUGCAGUAAGAGAUCGCGAUGGAGUUUAUCACGGCAGGAAAGCUUCCAUGAACUGGAGGAUUUGGCCUGCAAACUGGCACCAAAAGUGGAAGGAAGAAUAGUAUUGGCCACUGAUGAGGUAUUGGAAGAGCUGUCCAUGAAGCGAGCCAUGCAUAGUGUGUCCGUCAUUGAGGAGGAGGAUGAACCAAUUACACCCUUGUCUCCCAAGAAUAAACCAAAUCCUUUAACAUGAAAAGUUAUUUCACCUGUCUACCAGAAACAACCUGGUGUGUGUGGUCAUGCUUCAGGGAGUGAAUGGUCAACCACUGACUGUCAAUUGCCUAUGCAUGUCUUUACAAAAUUUCUCUGCCAGUUAUGGUGCUUUGUUUUAUCUUUGACUCUAUGAAUGUGUCCCUAUGAACAGGUAGCUAAUGCCAUUCAAUAAGAUAUGAUUUACAAUUCAGUAUUUUAGGCAAGUAUUACAAUACUUUGUGGUGUUUGGACACUAGUUUUAGAACAAAUAAUCAAAAUCUAUAGUUACUAUUAUUCCUGUACAUAGUCAAACACAAAUUAUGCACUGAACCCUUAAUAAUUCAUGUGUAAGGCUAAAUAUUUUAAUGUGGCAGUCAUUCAGAAUUUUUUUUAAUUGCCUCUAAUAGAAAGUUUCUUUUGGAUGUUAGGAAAAUCUUGUGUAUUUUUCUUCUUAUUUUUCUUCUUCAAAAUGAUUGGCUUCCUUUAAUUUCCACAACUGUUAAUCUCCUGAAGCCUCACCUAUGAAAAUGAGGCACAACUUAUAUUUCAUCUGAACUAGGUAAUGAAUGUGAUGUAACCCCGUCCUUUCUGUGUAGCAUCUUGAAAUUCAGUUGCCAACACCAGUGAAUAUACAGAUGCAUCAGUCCCUAAUCUCAACAGACUGAUGCUUUUCAUAACAGUUGUUUUGAGAUUAGAUGAUUAGAAAGCCAGAGAUGUAGUAAUCAUAGAUUUAAUUCAUGCUUUUUAUAUGUGCAUACUUGUGGGUAAUGCAUAUGAUUUUAUUGUUUUAAAAGCAGGUGUUUUAUCGAAUAAAGUCCCCUUCACACCAGUACAACUAAGUGUGACAGCUGCUUAUGCUUGUUCACUACACAAACAUGAGAAAUUCUAACAAUGGGAGAUGAUUCCAUCUGAACUGUGACAUAUUAAGGCAUCAAGGUUUCAAACUUAAACAGUAAAAAAUUUAUUAAUGUGUGCAACUAGUCGGCAACCAUGGUUGCAAACUUCCCAAGCCUACUGGUGAAUGACACUGAAUUGUAUGAGCUGUUCAUGCUGAAUGCUGAAUGGCUGAUGCCAAGGGGCACUUUGAGGUAUAAAAGGGACCUUGUGUGGUUUGCAAUCCACAUAUAAUUGGGUCACCAGCAGCAUAUAGAGGGCAUCACGUCAGAUUUUUCAGUGUUUACAUCUUCUGCUACUUCAUGAUAAUAACAAAAGCCCAGUUGCUAAUAAGGUUUCAGACUGUUGCAAAUGUGUAGCAAUGAGGUCAGUGACCACUCAACAGGUUGCCUUUUUUUUUUUUUUUUUUUUUUUUUUUUCAGGUAAAAAUUGAUAACUAUUGUCAUGAAGCUGGCUGCAGACCUCUUGCUCACAACUGCCUCCAGUUGCCUUAUCAGUCAUCAUGUGUUCCUUUCAGUGGCUACUCUUCCCAGGCACUAAAAAUUUUGUUCAACUUUUUGGUAAACUUUUGAUCCACCUUUGUGACCUCCCAGUUCCCAAGACCACAUCCAACUCUGCUGAUACAUGCUGGUGGCUAUUUGGCCAACUUAGUCAUGACUCCUUAGUCAUUAGCAAUUGUCAUACUUAAUUACACCAGUAUGAAGAGGGCUUAACUUUAUUCCAUAUCUAACCAAUUCAUUAACCUACAGAUUUUCCUAUUUGUAUCUGCUGUUCCUUUAAAGCAUGAAAUCACAAAGAACAUAAGCCAUGCUUGAGUCUUAGAUCUGCAUAGCAACAAAUAGCAAAUGGCGUGCAACUAUGCAAUCUUAUUUCACUACACCUUUGACCAGUCCUCUGUCUUCAGAAGACUACAAACCAUUUAUUCACAGUUAAGGUGCAAUGGUUAUAUGGUAUGUGAUACUGCAAAAAAUUUCAAGUAUGUAAGCACUGAAAGUUGACAGAACUGUUAGACAUGAUAGUAUUUGGCAUUACAUUUGAUUUUCAAUUGAAUCUCCGGCAUAACAAAUAAAUAGACUUUCUAUGCAAUGUUAUUGUACUGCAUAUCAUAAUUUAGCUGAGAAGAUGGGAUUUAAAUAUAUUCUAUGCAAUAUCAUUGUACAACAAUGCUGCGUUCAAAUACUGUACUGAAACGGGUAAAUUGCAAUUAACUAUAAUUUAAGAAAACUUGCAUUUCAGUAAGGUCAAAAAUGAAAAUGAAAUAUUGAAGGUUCAGUGUACUUUAUACUACUAAUGUCAUUGCAUUACUUUUGAGUCCUGAGAGUGCAUGUUGAAUUAUUUUGAAUAUUAUUGUAUUGAAGUAAUAUUAUAUGUAAAAUAUACAAAAUAUAUACCAUCUCACUAUGUUUGUUAUAAUGUUGGCAUUUUCAGUGACUGUUAAACUUUAACUUAAUGACCCUCUGCCAAACAUUACAUUUUAUGCAUUUUUUGUUCUUCAGGUGAUGAUGAAUAAGCCAUCAUGUUACUUGUUUGGUUAAACAAACAAGAACUAGGCUGCUUCUCAUCAAUUUAGGAAAUAUUAACGUCACUGCUGAGCUAUCUGACCUUUAUACCACUAGAAAAGUUUGCAACCAAAAUUUUAAGAACAAAAAUUUGUAACAAUUGCCAAAGUCAAAAUUUAUGCAAAAGUGAAGUAACCUCUUUAGUAACAUUUAAGUAAUCUGUUCAAUAUUUAAUACUGUGGUUUGUGUCUCAGAUAUGACAAAAACAUUUUGCUUCCCACACUCACACAAACAUGGCAACACUGGGCAGGUGAUGUUCUGGGCUGUUGAUUUGCCAUUCUGACUUUUUAUUAGCAUCCACCAUAUUUACUUAGUCUUCCUGCCAAAAUGCUGAGUGCAGGAAGCAAAAUGUUUGUCAUGGUCCAGGACACAGAUUAUGAAGUGCUGUACCUUCACAUAUAGGUGAGUCACCUUGUGGUGAGAAGAAUCCAAAACUCUGUGGGUUGUGGGUAACUUGGUUAAAUUUUAAGUGCUUUCUGUUCUGUAUAUCUGUUAAGUAUUGAAAAGUUUAUUUAUAGUUUAUCCCAAUCAAAUAUAAAAGGCAAAUGUUUUUUUUUUUUUUUUUUUUUUUUUUUUUUACAAUGUAGAACACAGAUGUGAGCUAAGCCUCAGGAGGGUACAUUUUCUGUUAUUGAUAACUUAAGUACAUCAUCAUCUCCAGCUAUAGUCUCUGACAUGUCCAGUUAAACCCUCCCAUGGCUAACAGGACUCACUUUCAUUUCUGCAGUUGAUGCACCCCACAGUAACCUGCCAGCUGUAGGCUUAUACACUGUCCCUGUCCGCAGCAAACAUUAGACAUGACUUGUUUAGAUUGACAGCAAAGGCUAGAUGCCAUUAGCUGUGCUACUUAGUAAUGUUAAUGGGGUACCUGCAUUAUCUAAGUUAUCAACACAGCAAUACUUACUGAGUAUUAGGAUAAUUAUUUGCUAUGGUACAUGCCAGGUCAUAUGAUCUCUCAUAUGCAAGCUACUACUCUAUCUACUACAAACUGAUUAACUCCAACAUUAUUCAACAUUGAUAAAUUUGUCUUUGAUAUGAAACUUUACCAGCAUAUAUGUUUUCGUUGUCAUCUGUGGAUACUCAAAUAAGGUAAGACUGUCAAUAGCCCAUAUAUUCACAUCUUUUGAAAUAUGUAACAAAUUUACUUUGUUUUACAAACCAUUCAUUUAUUUAUAGGAUACAAUGAUACAUACACAAAAUAUAACUUAGCCAACAUCUAAAAAAUAAACAAGAGCUUUGAUGCUUUGAUAGGGAUACAGCAUCAAUUUGGUGCACUUUUAAAUGCAAUACACAGGCCACUCAGCAAGCAAGAUUAUCACAAAAUGACAGUGUUACCAUGUUUACAUGUCCUCAGGUGCCAAAAUCACUUGGCCAUAAUAGGUGACAUUGAGAAUAAUGCACAUCUAUUACAAAUGAUUCCAUCCCCAGCAAUGCUCACCGAAUUUACUCUACAAUUAUUCAUUCAAGGUGAACUCAAUUCUUGCUUGGCAUGGUGCACAAAUCUGAAUUUUCAUCAGCACUAGAAGUAAACAUAAUGCCACUCAUGUCACAGAUCAAAUAAUUUGUGACACAUCUGGAGAAAGUCAAGUAGUAAGAAACUUCUCAUGAAUGCCAUUAUCAUAUAAUAUAUAUAUAUAUAUAUAUAUAUAUAUAUAUAUAUAUAUAUAUAUAUAUAUAUAUAUAUAUAUAUAUAUAUAUAUAUAUAUAUAUAUAUAUAUAUAUAUAUAUAUAUAUAUAUAUAUAUUGCUUGAAUGGUAGUCAGUCUUGGAUCAUUACCACCCAUAUUUUAAGACCACAGUUUUCACAUUCUACAUUAUAUACACACUUAUAUUUUAAUGAAAACUUGAUGAAAGCAACUUUUAAGUUUGGAAAUUAAAGAUCUUAAUUUUUAUGCAGCACUGUUAUGGCAAAGUCAUGGUCAACCAAAUUGGUAAUGUGUCAGAUUCAAUACAUGGUGCCUCUCAUGUUGAUACAUCCAUCUUUCAAAUGAAUCUCUCAGUGUUUUAGUGAUUCUUCAAAACUGAGCAAGACAUUGGUAUGCACUGGCAAGGAUCCCAUAAAUGACAAUUAAUUGUCAUGCCCUGCUUCAGAGUAUCACAGAAACACCAGGAAAUUGAUCUGAAGGUAGAAGAAAAUGGCAUGAGAUGCACCAUAAUCAAGGACUGCACCUGAUAUGGGCACUCAGGGUAAAUAUGAGUUCCAACACGUUAUCACUCAGUCAAGACAACCACCAAGGUCCAAGGAGAUUUUAGUCAGCCUUGAUUGUCCAGUCAUUACAGCCAAUUCUCCUCCACAGAUUAUUAGCUAAACAUACUGUUAUUUGUUGAGUAUUUUAAUUUAUUAUAUCAAGCUGGAAGGCUGAUAUUAUGAUAAAAUCUUUCAAGUUAUUUUCAUAUUCUAAGACAAAAACUAAAUCUUAAAUUUAACAUAUAAUUGUUUUUUAUCUCAAGCUUUGUCAUCCUUUUCCUAAGUCUGACUGUGAUAGUGAAUGCCUUGCAACUCUAUUACUUCUUUCCCCACUGUUCUGCUUCUCCUAAGCAUGUAUCUAUAGCUGACAUGGUAUAAACCUUUGCUGCAGGGGGGGAACAGAAUUAGGUGGCUAUAAAGCCAAACACUUGAGCUGUGACAGAAAUAAAUUAUGAAACAACAUGCCUCUUUCAUGGACUAGAAUUACAUUAGAUCUCAAAGUCUAAAUUAAAUUUUAUUCUUGCCACUCAAUCAUCUAAAUAUCUGGUUUCUUUAAUAACUACCAAUACUGUAAGAGAUUAAGAGAAUACAUAUUAUUUAUACUUAACUACAGAUUGCUGUUGACAAUAUUCUGACUAUUGUAACUGAAGCAUAUUUUGUUACCUUGAAAGUGUCCUGCAUCAGCAUAUGCUGUCAUGUCUCAUGUCCUAGUUCAGGGAUUACUUGUUGCUUUGUACUGAAAAUAAUAUAUUAAGUGUAUAUUCAUUAUGUUGAGAAGUUUGUUCAUGAAAACUUUCUUAAUUUUAACUAAUAGUGAUAAUGUAGCAUGUGAUGUCAUAGAUAAUAUACCUGUAUAUUGUUGAUUACAUGUUGGGAAGAAUCCCAGUAUAUGGCAGUAUUGGUAAGAAUAUAAAGGUUUAAAUCCUCUAUCAAUUUUAGGAUUAGUACACAACCAUAUACCUAUAUGCUGACAAAUUCUGUGAUAUAGUAUACUGUUAAAUUUAUAUUGCCCCAUCCCUCUCAAGACCCAGUAUUAUAUUUGUCAAGUUUUGCACAAAGUUUGAUAUUUUGGUUGGAAGCAUAGUACAGGUUGGCAUAAUGCUUAGGUGCACAGGAGUGGUUAUUUUAUUACUAACAACAACAUUGUUUCAAAGGGUAACCACACUGCAUAACAGUUUUAUAAAAGCACAAUAUAGUUAACUUUUACAUGAUAUCUAACUUAGUGUAUGGUAAUGAAACAUUUUGUGUAUGUGGUGAAUUAUGUUCUGGCACUCAGUCUUCUUUCAUUUUUCAUAAGUGUUCUCUCAUUCAAACUUGUUCCAUCUACUCUUAUAUUGAUGACUACCCUGCAUUUCUCAAUGUCAUUUGCUAGAUACCAACACAAAAAGAAUCACUGUUAAUGGAAGGAAGCCACAAUCCAUCUACUGUAAGGUCUAAUCUAUACAUUUUGAAUGGAACAGGAUUAACAUCAUGUUGUUCAAUACCUCAAACAGAGUUCUUUAAUUUAUCCACUAUAAUGAAUCUCACCUAUUCUUUCCUUAACACUUCAUACCUAGAUUGUCCUUACUAGAAAUCUUAACUGGUCUACUAAAAAUUACUCAUCUUAUCCUUACAAAAAGUAUCUUUCAUGAUGUUUGGUGUUCUAUGUUCCCAACACAUUUUUCCCCUUCCUCAGGUGCUAACUGAAUUGGCACCCUAUCCACCCUUAUACCACCUCCCCUGCUUCAACAGACCAUGUUCAAUCUCUCAGUUUCCCUUGCACCUUUACAUUCCUUGAUAACAAACUGUCAUUUCCUUGUUUACUCCUGGCCUCCCACCACCUAGUUGCAAAACAUUUUCUGCUUACUCUAUCCACCAUAUUAAUACAAGAAUUAACCAUUAUCUUCACUAUUUCAUAUAUUAACUCUGAACUUGGAGCAGUUUUUUUUUUUUUCUAUAUUCCUAUGAUGAACUCUAAAUUUUUAGAGAGGAGCUUUAAAACAUCUAGAACCCAACCCAAUUGUAGCUCCUUUAGAUUUAAAAACUCUCUUGGGCAGCAGCAAUCAAGUGAGCAUUUUCCUCCCAAUAUUUGUAGCCUUUAGGCAAUCCAUUUUACAUGCAAAGAAAAUUUAUACAUUUGCACAUCUGUUGAGAAAAACAUGACUUGAUCUAGGAAAAAGUUCCUUAUCUUUUGGGUUUCAACUCUGUGCUCCUUGUGACUCCACUCAUAAAGUCCAUCAUUCCCUCCAUUGCUUGAAAAUUUUAUGGAAAUCCUGUUCAAAUAAUUGCUAGGUUCAUGAUCACUUGUUGCAUGGUGUCAUUCCAUUUCUCCAUUUGGGAUACCAGUAGCAUUUUCUGCUUAGGGAACAUCCGUAAAUGAAAAAGGGUAAUUUCUGAAGAACAGGUGACCUCACAAACAUGAGAAAUUUGCAGUUUGAUGAAAUACUUGAUGAGGAAUGAAGAAUGGGCCUGGGCAUUGUCAUGAUGCAGCUGCCAGUUACCUGACUCAAACAGAUCUAGUCCUACCCUGUUCUUCUCACCUGAUCCAGGAUUUCUUGACCAAGCACUCAACAUCAAGUGUUUGCUAGAUCUCUGUACUCUCCAGAUAUAGAUCCAUUUAGACUUCUAGCUAUUCCUCAAGCUGAAAAUAACACUGAAAGUGUCCUGUUCUGAGUGGCAUAAACAUCAUCAUGCAUAAUGCAAUUGUACAUCUAUUAGUGAUUUUAGAACAGGACUCCUGGAAAUAUUUUCAGCAAUUGAAGGACCAAUGGACCAAACUGGAAAUACAUUAGUGUGAACCACUUUCUGUCCUCCAACAAAGAUCAGAUAUUUUUAACACAACUUGCAUUAGUACUGGAGAUUGCAUAUUAGCUUUGAGUAGUCACACAAAUUAAUUUCUUGUUACAUGCCAGUGUUUAGAGUCUUCUCAGAAGGAACUAAGAAAUUAGCAAUUUAAGUCCAUAUCCAUGAUAUAGAAAAAAACAAUUAAUGUACAUACUGUUGCAAAAGCCUUAAGUGUCUCCUGAGGUACUAUUCAUAAUAUGACUGCACUGUAAUAAUUAAAAGACUGACAGACAUUACACUUAUAAUAUGUACGGAGUGAGAACUUUCUGGAGAGAUAGACUGUAUUUAUCAUUCUUUUCUUUAAUCAACUUGGUUUUUUUGGCCACCCACUGGAUGUGAAUACAAACAGACACUAUAAACUAAGAGAAAUAUCUUGUGAUGUGAAUGCCCAAAACAACCAAAUAAAAACUUAAUACAGCAUUUCAAGAGCAGCAGUAAUUUUUUGAUGACAUGGAAUGUUUCCAGAAGUAAGACUGAAAACAUGGUGCUUCACCACAACAUACCAUUCAAUAACUGAACAUUAAUAUUUUUGCCAUGCAUUAUUGCAAUUUUAUGGUGUUCAAAUGCAAGAUUUGCAGAGUUUGUUUGAUAUUAGGAUAUUAGAGUAUCCCAAUAUCCUACAAUAUUAGAAAGACAGACUGAUAGAAAAUUAUUGACAAAAAAAAUCUAAUAUAUCUUGCUUACAAUGGUUUGGAAAUCAUUGCUCAAAUUAAUAUACUUCUGAAAACAAGUUAAUUGCUUUGUUCACUACUAAGGAUUCCAAAUUUACAAUAGAGUUGUGUCCCUAUGUUCACUUGUAAUCUACUUUAGUACACAUCCAGUGUUUAAGCUAUACAAAUUCGGACACAUUUGAAAGGUAUUUUGUAUUAGUAUAACAAACUGCAUUCAUCUGCCAAGCAGCAGAUGGAAAACUUACAUGAUUGCCCCAAGAAGCUUAACUUCAAAAUUCCCAACUGUCACUACCAUUGUAAAGACCACAGCAAGAGUACAGCAUUGAGUCAAGCUAAUCUUCAUUAAUUUGUUUACUAUUAAUAAAGUGAUGAAGAUUUGCACAUUUGAUCAGGAAUAUUUACCAUUAAAGACUAAUUACUGUCAAGGAUAAGUGCUUGUUUUGCCAUUCCGUAAUCACUCUUGAGUCAUUGUGUAAAAUUACAGAGUUCAUUAUUUUACUAACGUAACUAAUAUUGGUGCCUAGCUGUAUAACUCAGAACCUUGUGAAAUCCUCAGUUGAUGACCAGCAUAGGAGUAAUUAUUUUCAGAGGUGUUGAGAUUUCUGAAAGGCAUGUCUAAAACUUUGCCAAAAAACUUUCAAGUGGGUAUUCUGGGUAUUCCUGAUAUAACAGUGAUGUACAGCAAGCUCACCAAUCUGGAGCUUAGCAAGGUCAUCUUAUGAUGGUUUCAUGACCUGGUAGAAUUCACUGCAAGUAGAAUGCUGGGAUGCAGUAAAGGCAAUUUGUACUUUCAAUUCUGGUUGGUAUAUUUUUGGAUAUGUUCUCCAAUUAUGUACUACUUCACUUUCAAUAAAGUUGUGUUCAGUGAAAGUCAAUUGUAUUCACAAUGUAUUUCAGGUGAAAUUUUUGAGUUUGAUACAAUUUUACUCAUUUGAAGCAGUGCAUUUUACUUUCUUAUUGGGUUUCAUCCAAUAUUUUAGAAGAUGACCAAUUCUGCAAGGGAAAUUUACUCAAAAUUCUCACUCUAGAUUCUUAUGCUAUUUCUUACAUGUGCAGCAUGUUAUUAUAACUUCAUUAAACAGAUAAAUUUGGAAAGAUCAAGUUAGGACACUUACACACAACAGAUGUUAUACAGAGACAGGCUGGAUAAAUUACAGUUGACAAAGCUGAAAAAAGGGAAAGAUUUGAACACUGAUGUUAAAAGUAGAAAGGGGUUCAGAAAAUAUGGACAGAAAAGCCCUAAUGUCAAGAAAUUAAGCUUCACAAGUAGAAAUAUUGCCACCUGGUGAAAGUUAGACACGGAGGUGACAUGAGCAAAAAAUAUUCAUGACUUAAGAUUGUUGGAGAAAAGUAAAUAUGAAAGCAGGACUGCAUGAACUAGUCUGAAAUAUAUACACAUACACAGUACUUGUCUCUGACAGUUGCCUGUCUAUUUCACACCAUCGUGGCAAAAUGAUAUUUAGUUCUUUAAUUGCCUCAUCUCCUAUUACAAUCUCAAGGUUGUCAUUGUUGCUCUAAUUGUCCAUCUGUUAUCUGUCUGUUUGUUGCAUGUGUGACCUUCCCAUGUCCACUUUUUCCAUUGAAUAGUAAUAUCUUCAAGUUUGGUUUGCUCUCUAAUCUGUGAUGCUUUCUCUAUGUCUUUCUAUAUUUUGGCAACCAUUAUUGUCUCCAUUCUCCAGGUUUCCAGUUCAUGUUGCAGCUGGUAGAAUACACUGAUGCAUUUUCUUUUAUGAUGGUGGAGGAUUUCAUAACACUACUGUAUUUUGUUUACCAUAGGCAAUUGCAUAUUGCUAUUCUUAAGUUCUUAUCAUUCCUUUUAUAUGAUCUGUAUGAGUUUUCUGUCCUCCAUUUAUAUUUCAUAGCUUAAUAUGUCACUAUUAAACAUCACUUUUGUUUCA